CUGUUUUGUCCACCAAAUUCCAAAUUCAUUGAAUUCUUUCUUACAUACUGUUUUGUCCACCAAAUUCCAAAUUCAUUGAAUUCUUUCUUACAUACUGUUUUGAGCAAUAAUUGAGCACUACUUCAUGGAAUGCUUUUUUUCCGACACACCCAUUUCGAGCACAAGUUCACUGAAAGAUUUCUUGAUCAGAAGUUCGUUCAAUGUUCUGAUGCCCAAAUGCCCAGUUGAGUAAAAGUUCAUUGAAUUCGUUCGUUAUUCUAGUUUGUCAUGGAUUCAAUCAGUGUUCCUUCAUCAACGUACUCACUAGUUGCAGGAGUUCUCCUACUAAUACUCCUCACUUUUCUGAAGAAGAGGAAUAAGAGGAGUUUGGCAUUACCAUUACCACCAGGUCCUCCUGGAUGGCCUUUCAUAGGGAACCUCCCUCAGCUUGGGGACAAACCCCACAGAUCUCUUUCCCUCCUUGCUCAGAAAUAUGGGCCUCUCAUGACCAUCAAAUUGGGCAUGCAUACAGCAUUUGUUGUGUCCUCUCCAUCCAUGGCAAGAGAAGUACUGAAGAACAAUGACCACAGGUUCUCAAGCAGGACAAUCAAUACAGCUGCAAGGACAUUAUACUACCAAGGCACAAGUCUAAUAUGGAGUCCUAAUGGCCCUCAUUGGCGCUUGCUUAGAAGGAUCUGCAACACAGAGAUUUUUAGUGCCAAAAGGCUCGAUGCUCUGCAGCAUUUGAGAAGAGAGGAGGUAUGCAAGACUAUUGAUUGCAUAAUGGAGGAUUGUAAACAGGGGAAUAGUGUAAAGAUCGGUGAAAGAGCUUUUAUGAUAUCUCUUAGCCUUGUGGGUAAGAUGGUUUGCGGCAAACAACUGCUUGAGCCAGGCUUUCCACAAGCUGCAGAGUUUAAGGGCAUGGUGUGGGAAGCCCUCAAGUUGACAGGGAUUCUAACCUUAUCUGAUUUGUAUCCUUUUCUGAGGAGGUUCGAUCUUCAGGGGCCGAGCAGUAAAAAUAAGAUUUUGUCCCAGCGUUUUGAUAACAUGUAUAACAGACUCAUUGAGGAGCGACUAGCACAGAGGGCUAAUAUGCAGUGCAGCGGUAAUGAUGUGAAGGAUUUUCUGGAUGUAAUGUUGGAUUUGAGAGAAGAUGGUACACAACUUAGUCUAGAGAACAUCAAAGCAAUGCUUAUGGACAUGUUUACUGCAGGUACCGACACAAUUUCAGGAACAAUUGAAUGGACAAUGUCAGAGCUUCUGAGAAACCCAACAGUCAUGAGGAAAGUCCAAGCAGAGCUGGAUGAUGUUGUGGGCGUAGAGAGAAGAAUGGAGGAGGCAGACAUAGGAAACCUUCCAUUUCUCCGAGCAGUAGUGAAGGAAGUGUUAAGAUUACACCCUACAGCCCCACUCAUCUUUAGAAAGGCAGAUAUGUCUUGUGAGAUUAAUGGAUUUCGUGUUCCCGAUAAUACCCAGGUGAUUGUGAAUGUAUGGGCCCUUGGGAGAGACCCUACUGCAUGGAAAGAUCCUUUGAAUUUUAAUCCAGAUAGGUUUCUGGAAUAUAACAUUGAUUACAAAGGUCAGGAUUUUGAAUUCAUACCAUUUGGAGCAGGAAGAAGGAUAUGCAUUGGGCUUCCACUGGCACAGAGAAUGGUUCAUUUGGUGGUGGGAUCGUUGGUGCAAGCCUUCAAUUGGUCCAUCCCUAUGGAUAAUCAGGCAGGUAUUGAUAUGUCUGAGACUUUUGGUAUGACAUUACUAAAAAUUGUGCCACUGAGAGCUAUUCCUACACUAAGAAAUGUCAUGAAGUUUUAGUACAGAAAUUCUUGUGUUUACAUUUUCAUUUCAAAUCUUGAGAUGGUCUAGUGGUGGAGGACUUGCAAUCUUGAAUAAGAGGUCAUAAGUUUAAAUCCUGCAUGGUAAAGGUGUGUACGUCUUGUUUGUAGCAUAGUUAGGUACCUCCUCCAAAGAAUAUUGGGUAGUCCCAUAUUACUGUAAGUCAUAGGUAGGCCCAUAUGACUAAAAGCCAUAUGUAGACCUAUAGUUUAAUGUCUUUCUCAAGAAGUAUGAGGUAGUCCCAUAUUACUAUAAGUCAUAUGUAAACUAUAAAAGAUUCAAUUUCCAUUUGAUCCUUAUGACCUUUGGAUGCUAGUUGUAAUAUUCAAAUGCAUGAAAAUGAUUAUAAAUUUUAGUUUUCAUGAGAUUA